GACCUCUGUUCUGUGGUGAACAGUUUUUACUCCGAAGUGACAUGAGAUGGUAGGAUGCUGUGUGCCUGCCUGCCAGCAGGUUAUUGUCAUCUCAUAUUUUUGGAUGAAGGUGCGCGUGUGUGAGCGCGCAGUGGGUCGAGCCUGGCUGCGCGCUCCCGACGCCUCUCCAUCAGUGCUCGUGCACGAGUGUCCGCAAAGCUGCUGCUGCUCGUCUCCAGGCGCGCAGAGGAACCAUCCACAAACUUUGAUGAGCUGUAGCUUUCACCAAGGAAACAAAACUGAAUACAUUUUUUAAGAAACACAUUUUACAGGGUGCGUAAUUGUGCUCCAUCAAGGCGUCAAAAAUGGAAAUGAUUCCGGUUGAGAUAUUCAAAGAAGAUAAUAAUAAUAAUAAUAAGUGCCUGUCCUCGCUGCUGGAGGACUGUCCGGUGAAUAGUUCUUCAUCCUGGGUGUCUGGAUCCUCCAAUGUGACCCACGAUGAGAGCUGGGAGUCAGAAGGCAUGUCUCCCAUCAUCCCCAUCAUCACUGCAGUCUACUCAGUGGUGUUUGUGGUCGGCUUGAUGGGCAACUGCCUCGUCAUGUAUGUCAUCAUCAGGUACACAAAGAUGAAGACAGCCACCAACAUCUACAUUUUCAACUUAGCACUCGCCGAUGCCCUCGUCACCACCACGAUGCCCUUCCAGAGUACGGACUACCUGUUGAACACCUGGCCCUUUGGCGAGGUGGUGUGCAAGGUCUUCAUCGCCAUCGACUAUUACAACAUGUUCACCAGCAUCUUCACCCUCACCAUGAUGAGCGUGGAUCGCUACGUGGCCGUGUGCCACCCGGUGAAGGCCCUGGACUUCCGCACGCCGAUCAAAGCCAAGAUGAUCAACGUGUGCAUCUGGAUCCUGUCGUCGGCAGCGGGGAUACCUGCUUUUGUCCUGGGUGGCACCCAGACGAAGAGCGAUAUAACCGAGUGUGCCUUACAGUUCCCAGAGCCCUACGUGUACUGGGACACACUGAUGAAGAUAUGCGUGUUUGUCUUCGCCUUCGUCGUGCCUGUGCUCAUAAUCACCGUGUGCUACUCCCUCAUGGUCCUGAGGCUGAAGAGCGUCCGAAUGUUGUCCGGCUCGCGGGAAAAAGACCGCAACCUGCGGCGGAUCACGCGGCUGGUGGUGGUCGUGGUGGCCGUGUUCGUGGUCUGCUGGACGCCCAUUCACAUUUUCAUCCUGGUCAAGGCGCUCGUGAGCAUACCCGAAACCACCGCCAUCAUGGCCGCCUACUUCUUCUGCGUGGCUCUGGGCUACACAAACAGCAGCCUGAACCCCGUCCUCUACGCCUUUCUGGAUGAGAACUUCAAACGCUGCUUCAAGGACUUCUGCCUCUCGGCCAAAAUGAAGGGGGAGAAGGUGUCGGGGAGCAAGAAGACGGCCAGCAGCUUGCGGGAGGCCGCUGUUCCUCUGCAGAACCCGGAUGGGACUAGAAAGCCGGCAUGACUAGCAGUGGAACUGUCUUCGAUUUCCCACAUUGGAAAAGAAGACUCGCAUGACCUGGGCCUAACCCACGUCACAUCAACAAUGUAGUUUUGACUCUAUUACAGAUUUUAUUUUCAUUAUGACUUCUUGGGGUUAAACCAGUGCCAACAUUCAUAUGAUUUAAUUUCAGAGAUCAAAAGAAGGUUUCACGUUAUAAAUUAUAUUCCAUUUUGAUUAAUGUUUUUCUCAUGGCAGGUGUUAUGAAGAGAGGUGUAAAGGACCAGUGUGUAACACUUAGGGGGAUCUAUUGGCAGAAAUGGAAUAUAAUAUUAAUAAGUAUGUUUUCUUUAGUGUAUAAUCACCUGUUAAUGAGAACCGUUGUGUUCCAUUUAUAUCUACAUAAGGAGCGGGUCCUCUUCACGGAGCCGACUGCCAUGUUUCUACAGUAGCCCAGAACGGACAAACCAAACACUGUUAACUUUUCCUACUUGGGCCGGAGUCGAUAACCUCACCACUAGAUGUAACUAAAUCCUACACGCUACUCCUUUAAGCAGGGAAAAAGACCAAAUGUGAGAGUAUAUUAUUAAAACAGAACUGAUACAAACUCUAAGUAUCGAGUGCUACAGGAAUGAGUCCUAAAACCCGGAAAUGAGUUAGCAUUUAACGUUUUGUUCUACGACAUAAAAUACAUGAAUAAAUACCCCACUCGUGAAUUUUGAAGCUUUAAUAUGUCUUAAAAAAGGCCGUUGCUAACAAGUGGCUACAUGACACUACUAAACCUCAUCACGCGGACUCGUCCGCCUUUACAGCCUCAUUGUAGUUCGUUUAUAGCCUGACGUUAGCUUUUUACUUCUGCCGAUUG